CAUGGCCAAGAAGAAGGGAAGAAAGGGAAAGAAGAAGGCCAAGGUCGACUGCAAGUUUAACAUCACCGAUGACAUGCUUAAGCCUUUGAACGAGGACGAUGGCUGCGAAGGCUGUUGCCAGUGUGCCUGCGAAUGCGAUUGCAGUCCGGAACUGGCACCGUGCUUCAUCCAGCCCACCCGGCCGGAUCCCGGUCCAGAGGCAUACGAUGAGUUCGAGGCCUGUCUCAAUGGCAGCGGUUUGACCAUUCGUGUCCUCAAGAAUACCCACAAGGUGGAAAGCGUGGAUGAUGGUUCAAUGGGUAACAAUUUGGGAGCGGACGAUGAUCCCUGCUACCGGGACGACCCCAACGAUUGUGAACCGAAGCAGGAGUCCUGCCUGCACGAAAUGCUGCAGCGGAGCUCGUUUGCCCGGAACCACAUCAAGCGGAGGACUGGUGGCAAGAUUAUCAACCAUCCAAACAUUCCGAAAGUGCGGGCCAAUAUCAAGUAUUCCGGAAAUGAUGCCUGCGAGACGGACAACUAUUACGUGCCCUUCUCGAAGAUCAAGGAGGCCUGCGACAUGCAAGAGGCCAAGGUCGACUGCUAUCGCCAACGCCUGUGCGGCGGCAACGACCCCAUUGUCCCGGCCAAGUGUCCUGUCCAGAAUCAGCGCAACUGCUGCAUGCAAGUCGAGAAGAAGGACAUUAUGAAUACCAUGAAGGGAAUCAAUCUGGACACACGUCGUAAAGGAAUCGAGGUGUGUUACAAGACCUGCGAGGAGACCGACAGCGAUGUUUUCCUGGUGAAGCUCGGUAGCAAGUCCAAGUCGCAAAAUAAGAAAAACACUAUCGAGAUUGAGUUGAGGACUCCGAAGCAGCCUGUGACCCUGCCGAUCAGCAAGGUGACCACCGAGACCUACGUCUCCGAGGAGAUGCUUGGAGGCGCCGCCGGCAAAAAGAAGAAAAAGGGAAAGAAGGGCAAGGGCAAGGGCAAGAAAAAGAAGUAGUGGCGGCAGAUAAUGGCAUUUAAUGGCAGAUCCUAAAUAACAUGGCAUUUGAUCAUGAUCGAUUUACCGGACUUGAUAUAAGAGCACCCAACCGAACAACAUUAUCACAAUAUUAUCCCAAUUGAUUACCUCGGACUAUGAACACUGA